AUGGCUUCGUCAAAUGAUCAGAUAAAAUCUACAUCAACACGUUCAUAUCAAUUACCAUUAACAAAAGUUAAAUCAAUAAUUAAACUUGAUAAUAAUACACGUAUGAUAAGUCAAGAUAGUGUUUAUAUAUUAACAUUAGCAGCAGAAGAAUUUAUUCGUAUGUUAACACGUGAUGCUCAUAGUUCAAUGAAGCAAUGUGCAUCAAAACGAUUAGAUCGUUUACAUAUAUUUAGUUCAAUAAAUACAAAUCCAUUAUAUGAAUUUCUUGAUGGUUCAUUUGAUUAA